GCCUUUUUCUCUCUUUACUCUUUCACCUAUACAUACAUAUUUCUGUAUGUCUCUAUCAUGUUUUCACUCGUUUAUAGAUGUGGGGUGGUGGGGUUAAGGGGGGUUUGGUUUACUCCAUAGAUUGGACCUUGAAAAUGCAAGAUUUCAGCAAAUCUUGGACCCCACCAUUGCCUAUUCUAUAGUUUUGCCUAAUUUUUCCAAGAAACCAAACAUGGCUUAUGCACCCCAUCCCAUCUUUGAACCCCAUUUAGUUGAAUUUAGCUAAAGAUUUCACCUUUAUCUAUUAUUUAUAUGUUUGGUUUGGUAUUCUUCUUCUAGAAUCAAGAUUUGUCUAAAAACAGUUAUUUUGUAGUUGGAGGUGAAAGUGGUGGAUGAGGUUUCUUCCAUGUGGUAUACUUUUGUAGAAGGGAUUGAAAGAGCUUAAAGCUUGAUCUGCAAGGUGAAUUUGAAGUGGGGUUUCAUAUUCUUUUGGAGUGCUGGUGGAUUUCGGUCUCUUUGUAUAACCGUGUUUAUACUGUAGAAGGUGAAGGAAGAAAGUUCAUUUUAUCUGUUUUCUAAUGUUUAAUCACCUUGGAGGUGGAAUAUGGAAAACAGAAACAUGGACAAGGAUGGACCUAAUAAAGAAGGUUUAUUGCAGUUUGUGAACAAGGAAGAACAAGCAGAGGAGAAUAGUUGUUUGUCGACAAGAUUAAUAGAAGAGUUAGAACCACAGCACCUACGUAGAUUAGAAAACCCGCAUUUUACUGGAAAUUGCGCUGAGAAAUUGUUCUUUCAUAAUUCUCUUGGCUUACAAAAUAAGCUUCCGAAGCAUAUAAUAAGUUUUGACGAAAGAUACUUCCUUCGCUGCCUUGAAUUGGUACACAUACACUCCACAUGUAACUUCUCUUCAAAGAUGCAAAUUUUAUCAAAGAGUUCAGGUUCAAGAGAGGUCAGAAAUGAAAAUCUCCGCACUAAUGGUAAUCUGGCGACCGAAUGUCCUCAAGCUGUGGGGAUUGAGUCAAGUUAUGUCCCUGACUCCUCCGCGGAGUGGAUUCUUGGUGCUAUAACUGGUAGUAAGAGUAUGCUGAACAUUUUAAAGAGUCCCUUACUUAAUCAAUUUGGAUCUGUUAACUGUACUGUUGAUUCUGGAAAGGAAAAUAUACAUGACAGUGAAGAAGGAAGUUUUUCUGAUUUCAUGAGCUCUCCCGGUGGUUUUAGUGUCAGUUCAGCACAGAAGCUACAGAAGGAGAUGACAGAUCAUGGAUCUGAGCAUGUACACAGAAGGGUUCUUUCUGUAUCUAGUACAGCUUCGACAUGCUCGGAUCAAUCAUGUCUUUCAGCAGCUGCCCCUAUAUCUCAAGGAAUGCUCCAGAGGAGAUGGAAAAAUGGUUUACCACAUUAUGUCUUUUCCAUAGAUGGUAAAAAGGAAGUUUAUGUAGCUGAUCUGCUGAAGAUUGACUCACCUGAUGAUAAGUUUCUCGAUUAUGUUUACACAUUUCAUUCAAGACAAGAAAGCAAAAAGGAACGCGCCUUCUCUGCAAGGGAAUCACAACUUGUAGGUAAAAUGACUGUGUCAACUUCAGUGACACUCAGCUCAACCAAGUUGGAGAUUAUGGAGACGCGAUUUGUUGUGUUUGGUUCCAUGGAUCAAUAUAUGGAUGAGAUACAAACAAGUCAUAUCCUCAGGAAGAACAAAAAGUUGGCAAAGAAAGUAACAGAUGUGUUCAGAACUAGUCAGUCUUAUAAGCAGAGAAGCUUAUCCAAGUUCGGGGGAACAAGCGCCAUUCUUGAAGAUGCUUCGUGGACGCCAUCCAUAGAUAUGUAUGAUGAUUAUUAUUCAUGCGGCAAUGCUCUUUUAGAUCAGCAGAUUCCGCCAAAUUUUGAGCUGGCUGCCAUUGUUACCAGAGAUCCUCUUAAUGACAGCUCCAAGGAGGCAGAGAAGGGUGGCUGGGGUAUGAAGUUUCUCAAGAAAUCUCCGACUGGAAGUAAAAAUGCACCUCCUGAGAUAUCGGUGGAAUGUCGUUCACGUGGCACCAGUGAUUGCUCAACAAGCACAGAUGUUAUAAUUCCAAGUGGUUUUCAUGGUGGACCUAGAAGCAGACAUGCUGGGCCGUCAAGCCUGUUGGAGCGGUGGAGCUCUGGUGGGCACUGUGAUUGUGGAGGCUGGGAUCUCGGGUGCCCCCUCACAGUUCUUAAAACUGGAAAUGAAGCUUCAUCACAAACUACAUCUGGGGACUGUCAAACUUUUGAUCUCUAUAUACAGGGUUCGAAACAAAGUGCACCAGUCAUGAAAAUGUCGAAUAUUCAUGAUGGUUUGUAUUACAUCCAUUUUCAUUCGACUCUAUCAGCUUUGCAGUCUUUCGCCAUAGCUGCUGCUUUCAUUCAUAGACAUAGUCCUUUCCUACGACCGAAACUGUACAGGAAGUGAAGUAAGAUGACACAAAGUAUGGUAUCUGUUGUUAUAGCUCUCUUUCUUUAAAAGAAGUCAUUCAGACAAAUCGACCAUUAGAAAUGGUUCAAAGAUAUAACAUCUGAUUGUCUCUCAUGUUCAUUAAUUUAUCUUAGCUGGUAGAGUAUUAGAUAGGAAAUUCGUUUGUUAGCUCACAUUAUCAUUUUGUUAGUGUAAUGAAUGAUACACUUUAGAAGCAGCGGUCAGUGUACAAAUCGUCUAUUGGAUGGGGGGACAUCCAUUUGUACCGUUGAUUAAGUUAAUGAAAGUCGAAACAUAUUGAUUUUUGA